AGAUAAAUUAUAAUGUCCGCACCUCCAACAAAUCAACCACCUCCGCUGCCGCCAAGGUCAUUUGAUAAUCAAAUGUCGAAUCCAAUGAUCAAUACAGGUUUUGGUUAUGGUGGAGGAUAUGGAAUGAAUACGUUUCCAGGGUCUGGAAUGUAUGGUGGUGGGGGAAUGUAUGGAGGAGGAAUGGGUUACGGUGGAUUUGGUGGUGGCUUCAACCAUAUGGGAUAUGGUCAAGGACCUGACAGCAAUUUUGCUCGACUUGCAGAAGAACAGUCUCGAGGCGCUUUUCAAUCAAUCGAAUCAGUUGUAAAUGCAGUCUCAUCUGUCGCCAACAUGCUCAAUUCAACUCAUAAUGCAGUUUAUAGUUCUUUUCGAGCAGUUAUUGGAGUUGUAGAGCAAUUUGGAAGAUUAAAGACGCAGUUGUCAUCAGUAGUUGUUUCUUUGGCAGUUUUCCGAUGGGUAUAUCGUUUCUGGAGAUGGCUACUGGUUAUGUUGAAAUUGAAACCAGCAAGUUAUGCAAGCGCUGCUGAAAUGGCUUGGGGAACAUCACAACCGUAUGCCACAGACGUUCUUGGUGCCACAAGAACUCCAGCAAGUGUCAACUGGCCUGCUGCUCUCUUCUGGGUUGUUGCAAUUGGAGGACCAUGGCUCAUCUAUAGAUGUGUCAGUCAGAUGGUACAAGCUGCUGAAGAGAAGAGAAAAUGGGCAACUGGAGCCGCUCCACAUUAUACUGCUCAAGCACUUUUCGACUUUCAAGCCUCAAAUGAGCAAGAGCUUAGCUUCAUGAAUGGAGAAACGUUAAGAGUGGCUCCAAAAGAAGAACAACCCAGAGUUAGAGGAUGGCUUUUAGCAAGUGUUGCCGAUGGAAGUCGUAUUGGACUUGUUCCAAUUAACUACGUCAGAAUUGUCGGAAAACAAUCACAAUCUCCUCCACUUACUCAACAGAGCAAUUUAGACACAUUUGUUAACGCUUUUCCAGCAAGAGAUUUGAAUUCAAAUAUUCAAUAAUUCCUAUUCAUUAUUUCUUUUCGUGUUUUUUAAAACGGGUAGUUCGAAUUUCAUAAACGUUUUAUUUCGCACUAU